AUGAGUGUAGGUGGCGGUGUUCUGAGGGUCGAAAGAUGUCCGUAUGACACCAUAAUUUUUGCCAAUACAAAUGGAAUUUGGGCACAGCUGAGCUUUAAGGCGACACGAGCGAAGGUGAAUGGGGAGGGCCGCUUACGCAGAAAGUUCACGACUCAAGAUGCGGGUGGCUGGUAUCGCGAGCGCCACAAGAAAUGUCGAGACGAUUACGCGGUUAUCGAUACGGCAGUCUGCCUUUCCUGCUCAACAGGGAAAACGAGUGAAGAAGAUGGGACAAAAGAGAGCUGUACGAAUUCAACGAAGGUAGCGGCCAAGGCAGGACUGAAGAAGGGCGGAGGAGGAGGGCACCAGCAUCAGACCAAGCUUACACCUAGUGAGGGAUCCUCAGAACACGAGCGAGCACUCGGCUAUCCCAAGCAGGCAUCCAGCAACAUUCACGCUUCCGAUAUCCGAUCAAGCCAUUUGCUCCCUCAAGCUGCUCUCGCCCAACCGUGUCCGUCCCAGAGCCCUUUCCUGUCUGAAACCUUGAAGGCUGUUGUUUUUCGUCUUGGGCAAUGCGACAUCCCUGUUACAAGUUGCUGCAGCCAUGCUUCAAGCGAGCGCGCCAGAUUGACCCCUGCUGUGAACGUCAUGUCGAGCGAUGACGGCCUGGUGCCCAACAAGCAAGAAUAUGCAAGACGAUCAGAAUCGCGGAUGAAACUCAUAUCCCUUUUCACUCCCAAACAAUAUGCGAAACCCAUCAACAGCCUUUACCAGCCUCCCUUCUGUCUCGAAGUCACGGCGCCACACGCCAAAAUUCCCUCCAAUGCCCUCCAAUGCGAGUCCCCGCAUGCAGGCUCUAUUCAUAGCAAACCCUGCAUCGCGCCACUAAGUCAGCAGAGAGUCGCCGCCCGCCAACGACAAAUGGGCGUGCUCCAGAAUCCGCAAAUCCGCACAUCGCUAGCCAUCGCCACAUGGCAGUCAGUCAGAGCAGCAGGAGUGACAACACUGCGAGCGGCUCUGAAUGAGGGCAAAGGCCCAAGCGUGGUCAGUGGUCGUCCAUUUUCUCUCCGCACUUGCUCCAAGCUUGCUCUAGGCAUCUCCUUUUGGAGAGAUCAGAGUAACGGAAAGUUUAAGGAUGCAUCACUCCGUUCCCCUCACGAGCCUAGAGCCACCUGCAGAAUUGCUUACGUCCGGCAUCACGAGAGCUUUUUGAUCACGAAAAGCCAUCCUCCAUCCCGGACAGAGCGAGAAGUGGGCCCAUCCGCGCUAUUUCAGCUCCCAGCGCUCAACUCCCUCCCAGCUCUGAGCUGCCAACGUCAAUGCAUGCAAUACUCGGAACUAGUAGAACUCUUCUCUCGUCCGCAGCACCUUCUGCAUUUGAAUAACAACUUUUUUUUGGCCAUGUCACUUCUUAAAGUUCAAAACGUUAACCGAAGAAUUGAUGAAAUUACAUUACUAUCUACUUCGCCACUGUACGGCACCUCUCGCGAUAUCUCAACUUCGCUAUAUGCAACAUCACUUCUAAUUUCGCAACUAAGGAGAAAAUACCAGUAUCCUAAUCCGUCCCAUGACCAACGUAUGGGGACUGUCCAAGGUAAAUCAUAUACGGAAGGACCUCCGACCAACAUGUCCAGCCAAACCAAACUCCCGCAACGCGGCGCGGCCUGA